AUGACUCCCCCCACGAAGAACGAAAAGACAACCUCGCAAUCUCAAUCUCAAACUGGAGGUAAUAAAAAGAAGAGAAAGAAGACCACUAUAGAUGUAGUAGACACGGACGCCGCUGGUUCUGAAAUGGGUGAGAAGGAAAAAAGGACCAAAACGGGAAGGGCGUGUGAUGCUUGUCGUACCAAAAAGAUAAGAUGCGAUAUUCUUACUUCAACUUCACCAAACGUAUCGGAAACCCCCAUAUGCGCCCAUUGCAAGCAGUAUAACCUUGAAUGUACUUUCUUCUUACCUAUCACAGAAACUCGAUUCAAAAAACGACGGAUGACCGAAGAACAUACUUCAGAUUCUCCACAUCCUAGAGGACGAGGUGAGACUGGUAGUCCUGCAGAAUCUAGGAGGUCGGAAGUUCAAGCUAGAGUCGAAGGACCUACUUCCUUAUCAUUUUUAUUGCAUACUACCAUACCUGCAACAGCUUCAGAAGCUUACGAUUUACGCAAUCAUACUUCUUGGGAAGUGACGGAAGAUGGCGAUGGUCUCAUACGUGUUAAUGCUCCUCCAACUGUGUCGGAUACGACAGAAGCCGAUCUUGGAGAUCCCACGAAACAUCACAACAAACUUAAUAAACCACUUCUUUCAGCACAUACCAUCUCCCUUCUUGUUAAUGCCUAUUUUGACUCUUUAAGUCCACUUUUCCCGAUCAUCACACGAACAGAAUUCGCCGCCAAAACCAGUCCCAGUCCUCUACUCCUUUACGCCAUAUGUGGACUGGGGGCUACCCGACGACAAUUCCCUCGAGAAGUUUUCGCCGGUGUCAGAGGAGUCAUCAAUGGUCUGUUAAGAUCUAAUGAUAUUCUAAGUGAUGCAAGAUUGGAGAACGUCCAAGCAUUGUUAUUGUCAGCUCAAGUUGGUGACUUGCAUGCGCAACCAACAGCCGCAACAGCUAGCGCAGCAUUAAUACGUACCGGUACAGCUACUCGUAUGGCACAAGAUAUGGGUUUACAUCGAGAAUCAACGCAACGUGCACAAACGGCUCAAGAUUUAGCUUUCGUAGAACUCCGUAGAAGAGUGUGGGCGGCUUGCGUCAUCUUGGACAGAUGGUAUGGAGCAGCGUUGGGUAUUCCAUUACUCGUGGACUUACUUGACUGUGAUGUUCUCCUUCCUGCACCUUAUGACAUCAUUCCUGAAGCCGAACCGAGUUCGUGGCCUAUCGAAAAAAGUUAUAUCGGAUUGGCAGAACAUCUCAAGUUAUCGAUCUUGAUAGGAAGAGUGCUCAAGACUAUUUAUAGUCCGACUGGAUUAAAGUUGACGACCGAUGAGCAGCUGAGGGGGUUAUUGAGUGAUAUGGAAAGUUGGAAAGAGAAUCUUCCUCAAGAAUUACGAUUUCAUGGUUCUAGUAGCAGUCAUAUCGUCGGGCUACUUCAUAUGGGUUACUGUGCCUUGCAAUUCCUCUUCUGGCGUGUUUUCAUACGUAUCACACAUAUUCUCCCACCGCACAUCAAGAUAGGCGUCGAAGUCGAACGAUGGUCGCAAACGACUCAAAUGGCUUCUGAAGCUAUAGAAUGGUUGAGUCAUAAUGAUGACGCUUUGGACUCACUCUUCAUAUUUCCCUACGCUGCGACAUCCUGUGCUUUGAUUCAAUAUCACACUUGGGCUAGAAGACGUGACUCGAGUGCGUUGGAAAUGUUGAAACUUAUAAAAGAGACUGCUCAUAAUUGGGAGAAAGUAGUUCAACCAGACCAAAUGUCUAUUCGACGGAAAACGUGUGAAACCAUGACUUUGUUAUACGAAGCAGCAUUAAAAACUCGACAAGAAGGUCCUGAACCUGAUCGUCCUCCUCUCAAUCCGACAGCCGGUGUGGCUCCACGACCGACGUACGGUCGAGCUAGAUGGGUACAUGACUCUUCUCGACCAGGCGGGGGUUUUUGGUUGGCUCGUGAUGAGAGCGAACGUAAAGACGCUGGUAUAGCAUUAGAUAAAGAUAUCGUGGUUCAACAAAGUGGUGAUUCUGAGAAUCAAGCUGAAGGUUCAACGACUGGACAACAAACAUCAGAAAGAAGAGAUGAACAUAUGGAACUUUUACAAAGUAUGCAAACUGCAGCGAAUAAUUUGAAUCCUCAAAUGAAUUUGGAAACGUAUGCUCAAUUUCCUUCUGGGCCGGGAGCAGGAAACGAGGUGAGUUGUUACAUAUCUCUUUUGUCUUUCAUCCCCUGCAUCAAUCCUCGAUGA